AUGGCGACCGCGCGGCCCCUACUCCGCCUCCCUCCCCCGCUUCGGGCCCUCCGAUGCGCGCCUGCAGCCCUCGCCCGACCGCCCCCGCGCCGUCACUUCUUCAACCUACCCAAUCUCUCCGCGACCGAGCCCCAGACGCUCACGGCCUCCCGGACGAUGCCCUACCUCUCCACCCAGCUGUACGACGUCAUUGCCGAUGUCGACGCCUAUGAUUCCUUCGUCCCCUACUGCGCCCAGUCCCGCGUCACCCAAUGGACGGCCCCCGACGCCUCCGGCCGCCGCUGGCCCGUCCAGGCCGACCUCCGCGUCGGCUGGGGCGGCUUCGAGGAGACCUUCACUAGCAGGCUGCACUGCGUUCCUGGGAAAAGUGUCGAAGCGGUCAGUGGCGCCGACGUCGAGGGCGCGAGCCCGGGCAACGGCGGGGAGGGAGGCGCCGUGUUCAGGAGCCUGGUGACCAAGUGGCAGCUGCGGCCGCUGACCUCCGGUACGGGCACCGAAGUCGAUUUAGUCAUCAGGUUCCAGUUCGCGAAUCCGCUCUACUCGGCCGUGAGUGCCGCCGUGUCUGAAAAGGUUGCUGGCGUCAUGAUCCAGGCCUUCGAAAAGCGGGUGAAGGCUGUUUUGGGAGUUCCCAGACUAUAG